CUCCCCCUUACAAAGCAAAGGCAAGCUAGGGGCGAAGUGAAUUGGAACGAUGUCAGAUCAUGACGAUACACUGUUGGACGAAGAUCUUGGAGAUGAAGAGUAUGAUUUGGGUAACGACGAGGAAGAAGCCCUUUUAGCUGAUGACUAUGAAUUCGAGAGGUUACCCGAGCAGCAGACUAUAUGUAAGGGAGAGGAAGAAACAGAUGAUGUACUGGACCUGGGUGUUACCGAUGCACUUGAUGAUUUGGAAGCAGAAGAAGAAAAUAUACAAUCAAAAUGUAAAAAUGAUAAACCUGAUCUAGAUGAAUGUUUUACUAAUAAACAAAUGAUGAAUACCUCACAUGAACAAGCUACACGUGAUCAAAAGAUGCAAGCUAAUUCUCAGGAUAAUCAAGACCACCAUUCUGAAGAAGAAUCAAAUGUAUCUAUUAUACAUUCAAAGAUAGAUUUGCGAGAGAAAUUGCGAGAAAAGUUAAACAAUCAACGAGAAAUUUUUAUAGGAAAUGGUCAAGGAAUGGAAGAUGAUGAUUGUGAAAAAGCCAAGGAAAGAAGAAACAGAUUUCAGAAUGAACGAAUCAUGGUACCACAAAAGAUGAACCAUGAUAUUCCAGACUCAUUAGAAAAUGUUGUAACUAUAGAACAGCACAGAUCACAUUACAGGAGUCGGGAAAGAGGGGAUAGAGGUGAUAGAAAUGAUAGAAGUGAUAGAUGUGAUAGGAACGAUAGAGGUGACAGACUUGAUCGCAGGAAUAUCAGAGGAAGGAGUGGUGGAAGAUAUGAUAUUCAUCAAUCAGGAAGAUAUCAUGGGCGUGGUACUUCAUCAUCAAGUCAACAAACAUCUUUUCGAGCACCACUCUUGGAAAACCGUCCAUCAUUUCAGCCAGUAUCAUCUAAUAAUGUAUCAAUGCAACAUCACCAAAUAUAUCCACAUCAAAAUUCUCAAGUUCAGCCUACUUAUCAUCACCCUUUGGCAAAUGGUCCUAUGCCAGGACAUCCUCAUUUUGUUGACAGUCGAUUAAUGCCCAAUCAAUUUCCAGAACCAAUGAGACCUCAAGGUCCUCGUAUAACUGCACCAAGAAUAGAUUAUGGGCAACGAUCUUCAACAACAGGUCCUUCAGGUACAUCAGGUCCUUCAGGAAUUUCUGUCCAUCCACCAGGUCCUAUGGGUCUUGCAGGAAUACCAUCUGGACCACCCGGAGUAUCAGGCCUUCCUAGUUCUGGACUUUCAUAUAAUUGCUCAACCAAUCAAGUUUCAUUUGGAUCAAAUCAAAGCAUAUUUUCCAACCAUGUAAUGCAUAUGCCUGAAAGAGGACUACAUCCAGGCACUCAGGGACUACUACUACCUAUAUUGUCAGCUUCUGGAGGACCUCAUAUUUCUGGAAACCAAGGUUCAAUGAUUCCAGUGAGUCAAGGAGUACAAGUACAAAGUUUUGUUAGAUCCCAAGCUCCAAAUCCACCAACAACUCAUCAGAAUCAUCCAAAUGUGCCUAACCAACCAACUUAUGAAAAUAGGAUACAAUUUUCAGAUCCUCAGUUUGAAGGACAUUCAUCAUUUGACUCAAGAAACUCAUAUAAUAACCCAACAGUUAAUCAAUUUAAUAAUAUGUCACAGAUUGGACGACCUCUUUCACAAAAUACAUCUCAACAAGUCCUUGUGGGAAUUACAAAUGUAUCAGCAAUUCCUAGUAUUCAAAAUGUUCCAACUAUACCAACUGGGCAUAAAAUAUUGAUUAAUCCACAUUUUAGAGGUAAUCAGACAAAAAAUGAAGCAAAAACAAUACAAGAUCCUGCAGAUAAAUUUGUUCAAGCGUUAAGAAAUGCUUCGAAUUCGAAUGCUCGUAAUAAUGAUCCAUAUUCAUAUUUUUCUGAUGUAUGGCAAGAAAGUAAAUCACAAAGAUUAUUAAAUACAAAUUCUCAUAGAUCAUACACUCCAGAUAAUAAUUAUUGUAAAAGUAGCAGUUAUAAUAACUAUGAUAAUAAAUAUAAAUCUGAAAGUCAGUGGUCUCAUAGAGAUGGUCAUUCAGAGGAGCAUAGAAGUUCUCGUGAUAUACACAGAGAUAAGGACUUGUCACCCAGAUCAAGAAGUGAUCAAAAAAACUAUAAUUCUUUACCUAAUAACAGUUGUUAUCGUAAUGAAAUUCUUGAUCAUAAUUUAACAAAAGUUAGUUCUCAAAAAAUUGAAAAUAAUAAAUCAUUUAUUCUCCUUGGAAAAGAAGUAAAUAGAGCAACACAAAAAAGGUUAUCGGAUGAGGUUAUAAACAAAAACACAAGAGAAAAUAGUCCAAAGAGAUUACGUUCAAAUAUAAAACAUACUCAAAAUCUUGAAAAGAUGUCUGAGAAAACUGUAAAGAAGGAAGAUGAAAUGGACCCAGAAAUGAAAGAAUAUAGAAAGAAGAUGGAAGAACAAAAACGUUUAAGAGAAAAAAUUCUACGAGAAAAGGAGAAUAGAAGAAAAUUAGCUGCUAUGGAAAAGCAAAGUACACAAUUAUCUACUGACUUAACUAGAACAGAAAAUAUUAAACAAGAAACAGCAAUUACAUCAAUCACAAAAGAAAAUACCAAAGGAAAGAUUAAUCAUGCAGUUGGUAGAAGCCUAAGUAAAUUAAUGAGUAUGCAGUCUACAGAGGAAAAAACACAAGGUGCCCGAGUAAUUCGUACUGUACAAAUUAAACAGGCAAAAGUCCUUAACAAUGACGAUGACGACGAUGAUGACAAUGACGACAACGACGACGACGAUGACGACGAUGGUGGUAAAAGUGAGUUACUGACACGAAUAGUUAUGAACAAGGUAAAAAAUACUCACAAGACUCUGCUUCAAAAAAAUAUUACUCAAAAUUCUCAAAAAACCUCAAUGAAUCAAACCGUCAACGCUAAUCGACAGUUGGGACAGAUAAGGCAAUUACUUACAAAUUCACAGAGAAUAGUCGUUCAUGGUGUUGGAAAUAUUCAGAAAAAACAACAAAUUACCAUACAGGAUCAGAAACAGCAGCAGCAACGCCAAAGAAUCGUAGUGCAUAAGCAACCUGUCCAGGAAACCAAAAAAAUUAUUAAGUCUAAUGUUGUGCAAGUGGAUAAUUUGGCUGCAAGUACAACUGAAACACAAAUACGUCGAAUGUGUCAAGGGAUCGGCAGUAUUGAGAGUAUUCAAAUGGGCGAGGGUAACGCGAUCAUCGUCUUUAAAACUCAAUCCGCUGCCAUGGUCUUUCACAAAAAGUAUCAACGAAAAAUGCUCGACCUGUCAUUGAUUAAAGUUCAGCUGAUACCGCAAACAACAACCAUUAAGUCAUCGGCGUUACUUUUGAAAAAUUCUACAAUGGAUUAAAAAAGUUUCAAUCGAAAAAAAAACAUUACUCGUGGAUGGUUAAUGAACAAAGUGUGUAAUUAUUUGGAUUGAGGAUAAAUAUAAUUUCCUUAACAUAUGUUUAAAUAUAUUUGUACAUUAAAAAUAUUGCUAUUGUUAUUUUAAAUACGUGUCGGGAAAGACACUAAUAAUUUUUUCGUUAAAGAGAAAGUAUACAAGACAAAAAACAUUUAUGAAUGUAUUACAUGAGUACACACAUCAUUUUCAUCAGUAGCAGGAAUAGUAGCAUCAGCAUUAUGUAAUCACUUGUAUAAUAAUAAAGGCUUCAAAGCCAUUGUAAAAACUGGUUAA